UUCCUAACUCCAGUCUCUCUGGGCAGUAGCAGAGCAGUAGAGAGCCAGCACUAGUCAGAUCACUCGGUGACUCAACCAAGGCCUUUUUUUCUUGUUAUCUUUGCAAAUACUUCAUUUUCUUAGCAUUGCAGGAAAUUACAACAUCCUGCAGUUCUGUUUCUGGGAACUUUACUGAUUUAUCUCGUCACUUGAAGAAAAUAAGCAUUGAUUCCUGCAUUUCUGAAAAAUCUCAAGAUCUGGACCACUGUUGAAAAAAUUUCCAGUGAGGCUCACUUAUAUCUGCAAAGAUGGGGAAAAAAUACAAGAACAUUGUUCUACUAAAAGGAUUAGAGGGCAUCAACGAUUAUCAUUUUAGAAUGGUUAAGUCCUUACUGAGCAGCGAUUUGAAACUUAAUCCAAAAAUGAGAGACGAGUAUGACAAAAUUCAGAUUGCUGACUUGCUGGAAGAAAAGUUCCCAGGUGAUGCUGGUUUGGGCAAACUAAUACAAAUCAUCAAAGAAAUACCAACACUUGGAGACUUUGCUGAGACUCUUAAAAAAGAGAAGUUAAAAGCACAAGGACAAACCCCAUCAAAAAAGAGGAAGCAGGAAAUGGAUCCUGCUGUACCUGCACCCUCCGCAAUCAGCACUGUCAAAGCUAAAGGAGCAGAGGCAACUCCUGGAGAUCAGAAAAGAAAAAAAAAAAAGUCUGAAACCAAAAAGAGUAAGAUGUCGGAGGAGCAGAUACAGCCUCCCUGUCCUGCUGGAGCCAGCGUGUUCACAGCUGUGGGCCAUUCCCCACCUCCCCAGCCCUCAUCAUCAGCUCCACCCAACGCUUUCUCCAUCGAGAGCCCGAAACCAGUGGUCAAACGUCAGGUAACUGCCAGAAGAAAUACUCCCAAAAAGGGCCCAAUGAUAGUGAAGGUACUGAGUGCAACAAAGCCAUUUGGAUAUGAGACCCCAGAAAAGGAGAAAAAAAUGAUGUUUCAUGCUACAGUGGCUACACCAACACAGUUCUUCCACGUGAAGGUUUUAAACAUCAACUUGAAGGAGAAAUUCAGUGGAAAGAAAAUCAUCGCCAUAUCAGAUUAUUUGGAAUAUGAUAAUCUCCUAGAGGUCAAUGAAGGAUCUUCUGUAUCUGAAGCUGGUCCUGACCAACAGCUUGAAGUUCCAAAUAAAAUCAUCAGCAGAGCAAAGGAAACUCUGAAGAUUGAUAUUCUUCACAAACAAGCUUCAGGAAAUACUGUAUAUGGGAUAUUUACACUACAUAAGAAAGAAGUAAAUGAAAAACAGAAGAGUACAACCUAUGAAAUUGAGGAUGACAGAGGAAAAAUGGAUGUAGUGGGGACAGGACAAUGUCACAAUAUCCCCUGUGAAGAUGGAGAUAAGCUCCAUCUUUUCUGCUUCCGACUUAGAAAAAAGAACCAGAUGUCAAAACUGAUUUCAGAAAUGCAUAGUUUUAUCGAGGUAAAGAAAAAAACAAACCCGAGAAAUUAUAACCCCAAGAGCAUGAAACUACCUCCGGAGCAGAGUCAGCUUCUAAAUACUUCAGAGGCCAGCACAACCCUCCCUGAGAGCCAUCCUCAGACUCCUCAGAUGCCACCAAUAACCGCAUCCAGAAGUUCCAUCAUCAAGGAAAGUGAAGACCCAUUCAAAAUAAAUGACCCCUGGAGGGUGCGUAAGGAAACGUGGCAGUUUCCAGGACCGUCCAUGACCAGCAUAAGCCCAGCUGGGAGCCAUUUCCAGACUCCUCAGAUGUCUGCAUCAACACCAAGCAGCAGUUUCUUUACCACGGUCAUGAAGAGGGAAAACAAGAAAGACGAACUCAGUCCUGAUUCAUAUAUGAAAACUUCAUCAAACUCCUUCUUCUAAAAUCCAUUGAUAAUACUGCUUAUGGAGAUAAGAUCUAAGUGCCUAAAAAAUGUACAUAUACCUGGUUGAAAUACAACACUAGAUAUAUGUCGCUAUUAUAUAUACCAGCUAUUAAUUCUUAGAAAUGGGGUAUUGGGAGUGCUUUUUUUAAUUCUUUAGGGUUUUGUAUAAAAGGCCAUAUUUUGCAUCUACAACUUUUAUAAUUUGAAAAAAACAAAUAAACGUUAUCUUUCUUUGUGAAAGAAAUUCUUC